AUGUCCGAAGCAGAGGUAUCCUUAGGGUUCGAGAGGCCCAGGCAGGUCGUCAAGAAGGUUCUCUCCAAGUCCCAGAGCGAGGGCGAUGGGGCGACCGUUAGGAGGAGUAUCGGAAGGUCUCUCCUCUCUUUCUCUCUCUAUCCUUUCCCCUCUCUCUCUCUAUCUCUCUCUCUGAUGGUCGUUCUCUUUUGCUCGGGGAUUCAGGCCGGAGUUGAAGAAUUUGGAUCCGUUCCUCCUGCUGGACGAAUUUUCAGGUAUCUUCAGAUCUUCGUUUAUUUCUCGAUCGUUGAACGAAUCGGUCGCUGAAUGAUCCCAUGUUCUUCCCAGUCGCCUCUCCCGCCGGAUUUCCAGACCACCCGCAUCGAGGUCCGCCCCUUUCUCUCUCGACUGUAUAUUUUCUGUCUUCGUCUCGAGUCACGCGGAGGAUCAAUCUGAAUCUGUAAAUCGUCUUCUUCUUCUUCCUUUCUUCUCCAAUUCGACGUCUGCUCGCAGGAUUCGAGACCGUCACCUACAUGCUCGAGGUAUGACUCCCGAUCGAUCCGCCAAAAUUCUUCCCCAAUUUCAACUUCUCGUCGAUGACGACGAUCCUCGACGUGCCCGGCAGGGAGCCUUCACUCAUCAAGACUUCGCCGGCCACAAGGGGACGAUUGGCCCCGGCGACCUCCAGGUGCGUUUCUGAAACAUUUCGAGCGAGUUUCUGUUCCAUAUCACAUUCUCAUCCUCGUGUUGGAUCCGCCGCCACGCCAGUGGAUGACCGCUGGCAGAGGGAUCAUCCACUCGGAGAUGCCGGCCGGCGAAGGCGUCAACAAAGGUCUGCAACUCUGGAUCAACCUCUCCUCCAAGGACAAGAUGUAAUCUCUGCUCCCCCCCUCUCCCUCGUUCCAAUCCGCCACCGUGUUCUUCUUUCUUCUCACCGGGAAGUGGAAACCCUAGGAUCGAGCCGCGGUACCAGGAGUUGCAGAGCAAGGACAUCAGCAAGGUGGAGAGAGAAGGCGUCGAGGUCCGCAUCAUCGCCGGCGAGUCCUUCGGAGUGAAGUCCCCCGUCUACACGAGGACCCCCACCAUGUACCUGGACUUCACGCUGAAGCCCGGCGCGAAGGUGCACCAGCGGGUGCCGGAGGGAUGGACCUCCUUCGUCUACGUCGUCGACGGCGAGGGCGUCUUCGGCAGCGCCGACGACUCGCCGACCGGGGCCCACCACACGCUGGUGCUCGGCUCCGGGGACGGGCUCAGCGUGUGGAACAACUCCGGUGAUCCCCUCCGCUUCGUCCUCAUCGGCGGGCAGCCCCUCAACGAGCCCGUCGUCCAGUGGGGGCCCUUCGUCAUGAACACCCACGCCGAGAUCGAGCAGACCUUCGAGGAUUACCGCCUCUUCAAGAACGGCUUUGAGAAGGCCCGGCAAUGGAGGUCUCGCCCCGAGUCCCACUGA